GAGGAAAAAGCGACUGUUUUUCAUUGCAGCAGCCCCAAUGGAUCCUAAGAACCCGAUGUGACCCCAUACCGCAGCCCAUGUGCGCGAGCGUAUGCGCCUGAGAGCCUGUGGACGGACGCGCCAGAAACAGGAGGACACUAGGACCUGGUGAAGUGAGGAAGGUUGCCUGCCCGCCUGCAUCCCUGUCUCCUCUCCUUUCUGCUCUGCAGUGUCUCCUGUGCGCGUGUGAGGGAAAGCACAUGUUUGUGUGUGUGUGUUUGUAUGGAUGUGUGUGACAGAAAAGGGGCGAGAGCAGGUUUCGUACGGCACCGCCCGAAGAGACAGUGCUAUUUGUUAUCUUUCUGUCUUCUCGGCAGCGUGAACAUCAGCCUGACCACCUGGACCAGCCGCCUGCCUGAAGCAUCGCUGACGGGGGAGGGGGCGAUAUCUCUCUUUCUGUGUUUGUGUGAACGUGUGUGUGUGUGUACAUGCGUGUGGGCGGGUGAAAGGGUGAGGGGCGGAGAGAUGAAAGGGCCAGGUGAGGAGGGGUAUUGGGUACCUCUCUCUCUGGCUUUCUCUCUCUCCCCCCUCUUUUUUAUCCCUCUCUCACUGUCGCGCGACACUAACCCUGGAAGCUGAAGAGGAGAUCCUCGAUGCUGGACCUCUCCACUACAGUUCUAUCAUGUCUCAUUUGGAGCUGCUGGACUUUGAGCGCAGUGGAGCAUCAGGGAUUUCAGAGGUGAAUAUGUGAAGAUGAAAUUAGACAUUGAGACCCGAAUCAGCCCCAACUCCAUAGUCCGUCCUCUACCAGCAUGCCGUAACGCCGACAGAGAUCCACCAUCGAACGGUACUGCUGGAUCCCACUUUUCAGCAGGGGAGGAUGGGUGAUAGUCCCAUGAGAAUCACCUCCGCCCACAAUCCUCAUUCCAUCCUCUCAUGGAGCAUACAACCGCCUACAACACACUGUGGAACAUCACCCACUCCACCUCUUGGCGUCCAAACACACCCCAGCCUAACGCCUCAGGACUGAGUGAGCCCAGAGAUGGACACCUCCUCCAGACGCUUGGCCUGUGCACCAUGCUCCUGAUGGACAUACUGGCUAUAGUUGGCAACUUAGCUGUAAUGACAGUCAUCGCCAGGACGCCGCGACUACGUAAAUUUGUGUUUGUCUUCCAUCUCUGCCUGGUGGAUCUCAUUGCAGCCCUGGUGUUAAUGCCUCUGGGUAUGCUGUCAGGUCAGGGUUUUUUCAACAAGGCUCUUUGUCAGGGUUACCUGUGCCUGAGCGUGGGACUGAUCAGUGCUGCUAUCCUCACUAUCUCAGCCAUCAAUGUUGAGAGAUACUACUACGUCGUUCAUCCCAUGCGCUAUGAGGUGAAAAUGACUGUGGGGUUGGUGGUUUCAGUUCUGAUUGGAAUAUGGAUCAAAGCCAUCCUCAUGUCUGCAUUCCCUUUACUCGGCUGGGCGCUCGAUAGAGAGGAGGCGGGACCAGCUCUGGGGAAAGUUAUGGGGAAAAUCAUUGAACCAAAGUGCUGCUCACUCCACUGGAUUGAGGAAGGGUCCCAACGGUUGGUGUUCAUGGUCCUUUUUACCCUCAUGUACUUCCUGUGUCCAGUCCUUAUUAUCUUUGUGGUGUACUGCAACAUGUUUAAAGUGGCCAGGGUAGCCGCCAUGCAGCACGGGCCAGUCCCCACGUGGAUGGAGACUCCUCGGCCACGCUCUGAAUCUCUGAGCAGUCGCUCCAGCAUGGCGGCCAGCCUCAGUGGAGCUCGGACCACCCCUCAGAGGACUUUCAGCGGGGGCAAGGCUGCGGUGGUCCUAGUCGCUGUAGGAGGUCAGUUCCUUGGGUGCUGGAUGCCUUAUUUCUCCUUUCACCUGUACUGCACCUUUAUGCCAUCCUCUCAUGAAUCCCUCGCACGCAUGGCCCAGCUGGAGGACGUGUUCACCUGGAUGGGGUACUUCUGCUUCACCUCCAAUCCUUUUUUCUACGGCUGUCUGAAUCGGCAGAUCAGGGAAGAGCUGGCCAGAAACCUGGCCUUCGUUUUCAAGUGGAGGCGUCCCGGUGAAGAAGAACAGCUGCCUAGCCGAGAGGCUUCUAUUGAGGAGAAUUUUCUCCAGUUUCUUCAGGGCACAGGUUGCAAUAUGCGGCCAAGGAAUUCCCAAAGCAUCUCCAUCCCUCAACAAGAAGAGGACAAUCCUCUUUCCACUGAGCUCCACGGGCCAUCUGUUGACUUCCACAUUCCUGGCCAGAUCAUGGAGGAGACCUCGGAGUUCAUAGAGCACCAACACAUGAACAAUCUUAAUAUAUCAGACAAUUGUAUCAAGACAAAAUCGGAACUGCAAGGUUGAUAUUUUCAGAUUUGAAAUCUAUAUUUAUUGUAUCGUAUAUUGUUGCUAUGUUUUACCACUGGGACUUUUUAUACUCUGCCGACAAAUUUGUACAUAGUUGGUUAUACAUACACUUUGGUUGGUAGGUUUCUGUCAUACUCAAAGAAUAUUUUUUUUCUUUUGAGGAGAGAUGUUGGAGUGCUGAAAUGACCUCAUUCCAGCACAUUACCACUAGACAGAAACAUGUUUACAAAGGUUCAGUGACAUUUGUCCAAACAAUGUAACAUGGAACCAACAUUGUGACGUGGAAUCUGUAUUCAAAAAGCGGUAUGAACUGCAAGUGGUCUAUGUUACAAAUUUUUAAGGCUCGUAAUGUUAAGUCAGACAAUAAAUGAGUAUAACAUUUGUUAAUAACUCAGUAUUAUUGUAACAACAAAAUUUGGAGCAUGCACUAAUACUGAACCAAGGUUGUUUGUAGGGGUGCACCGAUAUAUAUCGGCCGAUGAUUAAUGCACAUCUAGUCAGUAAGGCCGAGCAUACACUGUGCGAUUUUCAUCUGAUUUUGAGCCGAAUUAUGACUCGUGCGACUCUUUUUCGGGUCGGGCCGAAUUUCAGCAUUUUCGUGCGUCGUUUGUCGUGCAGUGUUCGUGCAGUGUACAAGGGGAAAAGAGAGGCGAUAAGACUCUCCCGACCGGCAAUCGGUUGUUUGGAUGGAUUUCUGACAUGUCAGAAAUUUUGGUCGCCUCUAGUGAGGUAUCGCACUAUUGAAGCAGGACUAUGAACCGAUUUUCCACGUUUCCCUCACUGCGCAUGCAUGAAACCAUAAACGAAACCAUGGUGACACCUGACACAGCGUGUAGUGUGGACUGAAGUGAUGGAGGGAUAACUUGUGGAGUUAUGGCAAAGAAAAAGAAAAAUAAAAGAGGGGAAAAAAACACCUGCUUACCUCCAGUUUGCGUUGCAAAAUGGAUUGACCAUAUUGGCCACGUCUUCCCAGCCACCUGCGUGUCUAGAUACGCCGACGCCUUUUUUUUUUUUUUUUGAUGUUUCAGCACACAUAAUUGCGCAUAUCACCAAAGCAGUGCGUUUA